CUCUAUAAAACGAUCAUUUUCUAUUAAUGAUAAUUCGUGAUUUUUAUAAUAUUUAUAUGUAGUUUCAUGAAAAAGCUAUGUGUGAAGUUAUUUAUUCAUAUGGGGUUUUUUUUAAUUAAAACAGUGAACGUGUGGAAUUUUAGAGAAUUUUAAUCAAAAUCAAAGGAUAUAGUCAAAUGUUCAACAUCAUGGAUAUAAAUUUAAAGGUGUUCCUGGCAUUAUGUAUGAUUGCUCCAAAUUUUGCACAAUGGCGACCGUGCGUAGAAGUAAAAAGAGAUCUUCACGUUCCCUGCGAAUGUAAAAUUCCUCUUAAGCGUCAGAAGACAAUAGAAAUGAAAUGCGACAGGGUGGUUUUUUCCCGCGACACUGCAAAAGAAUUGAGGGGACAACCUAUUGUUGCUUUCAGUCAGAGAAGCGCGGGUUAUCGCAAUCUACCUGAGGAGGUUAUCAAUUUUCUUCCAUCAUUGGAAGAAUUGGAUCUCUCAGAGAAUUUAAUUUACAGGUUAAUGGAUCGAAUACUCCAAGGUCAGAGUCGAAUAAAAAAACUUUGGCUAGAAGGUAACUUUCUGGGGGACAGUCUAAAUCCCAUUUUUUCUAGUAAUGAAUUUCAUGGAAUGUCGAAUCUCAUGCUAUUAAAUAUUAAUAGAAAUGGAAUAAAAAGUAUUGAAGAGGGUAUAUUUAAAGGUUGCAUCAACCUUCAAGAAUUGUAUCUCGCAAAUAACAAUUUAACAUCUAUUCCAACUAAAUCUCUCAAGGGUCCAACAUCACUGGCAAUUCUUUCCCUAGCUGGGAAUAAUAUAGUUUCACUACCUCGUGGUGCUUUUUCCACUCUUGAAUCUUUAUUUAAAUUAGAUCUUAGUCAUAAUGGAAUGUCUUAUAUGGAAGACGGUGCCCUCAUUGGUAUGGAGAACUUACUCUACCUCAGUAUUGCUCAUAAUGACUUGUCUCGAUUCAACAGCGAUGUCUUCAAAGGAGCGUACAAUCUACGGGAACUUGACCUAGCUGUAAACUUUCUCCAAGAGUUCCCUACUGAUGCAUUGAGACAUUUGGACGAGCUGAAGUUUUUGAAUAUUUCUGACAACUUAAUAACAGAAAUACAACAAACUCAUUUGUCCAGCUUAAACAAAUUGCAGGUACUAGAUUUAAGUAGAAAUUACAUAGGCCGUCUAGGAAUUAAUGCCUUCUCCAGCCUGCCAGCUCUCACAAAAUUAGACCUCAGUCUCAAUGCUCUCAGAACAAUUGAAGAAUCGGCAUUCGAAGGACUAACAAAAUUGGAAUGGCUAUCUUUGGAGGACAACAACAUUCUUCUAAUUCCUGCAACAGCUCUAGCUCGUCUUCCUUCGCUCACUCAUCUACAACUUGAGUUCAACAGAGUGGCUGCUAUUUCUACCGAAUUGAUACGUUCGAUUGCUCCAAAUCUUCUCGUGCUGGGUCUAAAUCGUAAUCUCGUUCGCGAAAUUCCAGCUAGACUUUUUCACAAUUUCGAACGACUAGUCAGCAUUGAACUGUCAGGCAAUAUUCUUUCAGCAGUGACACCACAUACAUUCGCAGGCUUAGAAGACACUCUCUUGAGUCUCGAUCUCUCUAACAAUCGUCUAACUUCAAUUGGUGAAAAUCUGCCCUUGAAAAAUCUUUUAUAUUUAAAUCUAUCUGGCAAUCAGUUAAAACGUAUUUCGCCAGAAAUAUUUCUCCACCUCUCAAAUUUAGUGACUCUCAAUUUACGAAAUAAUCCAUUAUACGGCGGAUUCCCGCCAAUAUUUCCUCAGUCAUUGAGAAAACUCGAUGCCUCUUAUACUGGCUUAAAAAUUUUACCGGCAAUUCUCUUUCUCAAUCUUCAUAGUCUAGAGCAAAUUUCCCUUGCCGGUAAUAAAAUCAAAGAAAUAAAUGAGAAUACAUUCCAGCAUUUGUACAAUCUUACGUCUAUUGAUUUAUCGGACAAUCGAAUCGAACGAAUUGAUAGAAGCGCGUUUGUUGGUGCCAUCAAUUUGUACAAGUUGAACUUGAAGGGAAAUAAAUUAACGUCAUUUGUUGGAGAACAUUUCAAUACUGGAACGAAUCUACAAUUUCUGGAUUUGUCGGAUAAUCUUAUUAAUCAAUUGUCGCUUACUUCAUUUGUCAUUCAUCCCAGAUUAAGGGAAUUAAAUCUAGCUGGAAACAAAUUUACUCAAUUUCCAAGCGACUUCGUUAAAACACUUCAGUUUUUGGAAAAAUUGAAUCUCUCUAGAAAUAUGUUGCACGUUAUUGAUGAAUUCGGAUUUUCACAGAUGGCUCGCUUACGAAUUCUAGAGUUGUCGGGAAAUCUAAUAGAAUCUGUCGAAGAGCUUGCAUUUCAUAAUUCAACUCAACUGCAAGUAAUUGAUCUCUCCAACAAUAAUUUGGAAUCGCUCAGUGAACGGGCACUGGAAGGUGUUCUUCGAUUAGAAUAUUUAAAUCUUGAAAACAACAAAUUGACCUCUCUCUCAGAGACAAUAUUUGACCCAUCAAGAAUACGAUCAGUGGAAAGAAUUAAUCUGUCGGGCAAUAAAUUUACUGAAAUUCCAACUCGUACAUUGCAGAAGCAAUCAUCGUCACUUUACAGUUUGAACAUGGCAAAAAAUAGACUUGUUGAGGUGUUUUCCCAAGAUAUCGUUGGUAAUGUAAAAAGGUUGGAUCUCUCUGAAAAUUCACUAAGUGAGAAUGCAGUACGUGGAAUUUUGGGCGACGCGAAAAUUUUAAGAUCUCUAAAUCUUGCACAAACUGGAAUUAAAAAUAUAGCACACCUGGAAACACCAUUUCUCAGACACUUAAAUCUCUCAGGAAACAGUGUCGCAAAUAUCAAGCCCACUGCUUUAGAGCGAACGACUAUGUUAGAAAGUUUAGAUAUUUCGCAAAAUCGUUUGACUGACUUCACUGACAUGAUAGACACAUUCAAAACUCUUCCGGUCCUUAAGAGUUUAGACAUAUCCAGUAAUCCAAUUAGGACUAUUAAUGAAAGCAGCUUUGAAGGACUGGAAAUGCUGCGAACCUUGAAGAUGUCCAACUUUACAAACUGUACUCGAAUUGAGAAAAGCGCUUUCAAAACGUUGCAGAGUAAAUUAAAGAUUUUGCAGGCUUACGACUAUCCAAGACUCGGUUAUUUCGAUUUACAGGGCAUUUUGAAGGAGAUGAAAAAUUUGGAAGAAUUGGAUGUGGAAAUGAAGGAUUCUGUAAUUGGAAACGAGCAAUUAUCCAUUAAGAGUCAUCCCCGACUUGAAAAAUUGUCAUUAAGAGGGGAAAGAUUGCGUAGCAUACUUUCAAGUGCCUUGGUGGGAAUUCGAGUCCCAAAUUUUUCACUGGGCUUGAAAAAUACAUCCAUCUAUGCUAUUCCACCGACACUCUUCUUCCCCGUGCCUAAAUCUACCAAAAUUGAGUUGGACGUGUCCGGCAGCAAAUUGCAGACGAUUCCACCUCAACUGAUAACUGCUCUGGAUGAGCGAACCGGCUCCAUCGAUCUGAAAGGGCUGGAUUCAAUUAAUUGCGACUGUGAAAUUAAGCAUCUUUGGCGAUGGCUCAAAUCAAUGGGUUCUGCACCAAAACCAAUCUCAAAAUCCAUAAAAUGCAAGAGUCCCGACUACGUUGCCGGGAAAAUACUUAAUGACUUGACGGAGGAGCAUCUAUCUUGCGAUCAGGUUGUAUCGAAGAAAAUGGAGACCACAGAAACGACAACUUCAGUCAGGUCGACAACUUUUGAACCGGAAAUUAUUUGGACAGUUGCCCCCACACUUCAGGAGAAUCGAAAUAAACAUUAUAAUGGCGAUUCUGACAUGAAUCCGAACAUUAUAAAUUCGGCGGGAACGGACGACACGUUGAUUAUUAGCAUUGUCGGUGGCGUUGUUGCCUUCAUUGCAAUUGUCAUAAUAAUCAUUUGCAUCUGCCGACUGCGAUGGAGCAGUCAGAUGAAUGACGCGCACAUGGCCGCCGCAAUGGCCUCGAGUAUUCACGAAGCCUCCAUGAUUCGACCAGGAAGCGUCGCCUACUCUGGCAAGAUGGGCAAUCAAGAGCUCUACGUCGGUUCCUACAAUGGAUCGACUUUGGGUCAUGGGAAUGGAACUCACGCAGGCUUGUCAGUUCCAACGACUCCAGUGCCAAUGCUGCCUUUCGUUCAACCCAUGCAAAUGGUCCAAAGUCCCGUGCCACCUCAACCAAUUUACGGGUACUACGACAAUCAGCCUCUGCCUAUGUAUGUCACUUGCCCUUCGGAAAACAAGUUCGACAGAUAAUUGGUAAAUAUCAAUUCUUUUUGCCAUUCACUUUCUUUACAAUAUUAUUCACCUAUUCGAACAAUCUUCCAAUAAAGAAAGAGGCGAAAAGGCAUCCGUUUUCAAAUCAAAAUACGAAAAAUUCUCAAUUGUUUGUUUCUCAAGUUCAAGAUAUUAUUUAUUUAUUUGCAUAAUGUUCAUAAUAGAAUCGUGAAUUUUAAACUCUAGAAAUCAUUUUCCAGAUCAUUUUCACUAUCAAUUUUGUAUUUGAAAAUGAGUUUUUUUCAAGUUGAGCUUUUUUCGAAAU